UCUCUCAGCACAACAGCUAAAAGAAGAAUGCGUACCUCACGGGAAGAGAUGGCUAUUCUUGAAAGUUAUUACAAGAACAAUCCCAACCCGAGUCAACAAGAAAAGCAGCACAUUUCUCAGGUUGUUCAAAUGGCUGAAAAAAGCGUACACUUUUGGUUCCAAAAUAGAAGAGCUAAAGACAACAAAAGAAAAAGAAUUCUGGAA